UAACCGCAAGACAUACAAUACAUUUUUUGUAGCAGCAGUGGUAGCCGUAGGAUUUUGGAGUAGCAGGAUUUUGUUGUCUGGAGAAACUUUAUGGUGAUAAUUUCUCCACAACCAAGCACCACUUUACAUUUAGACUGUAGUUGUUUUGCCUACAAUUGUUAAUUAUUUAAGCAUGCCAGUGACAUUCACCGUCAUGUGUUUUCACAUCUUAUAAUCAUCCAGAUUCCCCCUACAAACACUGCUAGAAGCAUCGCUCUUUGCUGCCCGACAAAAAGAAGCCCGCUGCAUAUGGAACCGUGUGUCACCAGAUCGUGGAAGCGUCAGUCGCGUUGUCUGGAUUUUCAGCAGAUCAUGGAACCAUUAUCGGACGGAGCGCAGGCAGCUGGCACUUUUGCUCCCUAUACAGCAGUGGAGCCCGACACACUCGGUGCGUCUGAGAAUCCUCUCCUGUGGUGGAAGAUCUUUGGACUGACCAUACACGAUUUGUACGACUGGCGGAUGGAUAAAAUCGAUGAUUUAACUUGCACGUUUUAUGGCCUCCUGGGCACUUCGCCUUAUUUUGAUGCAAUUCCCUUGGAGCAGCAGAAACUUAUUCUGUCCAUGAUGACGUUGUCCCCCAAACGUGGCGAUGAAAUGUUCGCAGAUCUCACCGAAAAGUUCCGGGGACAAAUGGAAGGAGACAUUGUGUACAAGAAAAUCGUCGUCAACAUGAACGGUUAUCAGUUGGGAAUCUUUCGGUUUGGAUCCAAAGUGUACGCAGUGGAAAACGUUUGCCCACACAUGCAGGGGCCUCUUGGCAUGGGCGAUAUUGAGGAAAUCGAUGGCCGUGUUUGCGUGAUAUGUCCCUGGCAUCACUGGCGGUUUGAACUGGACACCGGGCGUCCUUUGCAGCCUCCGCGAAAAAAUGGUGCUCGAGUUUUUCCAGUGAAGAACGUGGACUGCGAAUUGUUCGUCGGUUUUGAAGGGUAUAAUCCUGUUGUGUUUACGGAUGAUUUCUUCUGAUUGAAAGAAUGGGCAACUGAAAGAUGAUUUGGAAUUUCGGAGAACGGGCGACCGGAUCGUUACCGAAUUAUGCACGACAUUACUCAGAUUACUGUUCACGCCCUGUGAUUUUUAUACGACUAACAUCCCCAAGAUAGAAUUUUACACGUCCAUUAUACAGGUUUUUGAAAUUGGCUUUAUUUUUCUAACCCGGUUCUUUUUUUUUGUCAAGUUGUGAAAUCUGGAGAUACUCAAAGUUUGUAGGAUCUGCUAGAGGCACAGCGACCACGGUCAUCCGUAUGAGCAUACCAUACAUUAAAGUUGUUGUUAAUUG